GUACGUACAGUACAGUACGUGCACGUCGUACAUCGUACGUAACACGUGUAGUAUGAAACUAACCUUGUGAUCCUUGACGUGAAGAAAAACUAGUAGGAAAUUGUUAUUUUUUUGUUCAGUUUUCUAUUUCGAAGAGUCCUUUUAUACGUUGCUCAAAAGCCGAUCAGAAAAUGGGAAAAUUGGGUCCGCGUCUAGACAGCCGGAAGAACGCAAAACGAUGGCCAAAGGGACAAAGCUCUAGUUGUAAUCCCGAAACGACAAAACAUCGUGAUCAGGCAGCGUGGUUUCUUAAAGGUCCCAUAGCUUCAGGAAAGCCUGGUAUAACGACAUCGGAUUUAGAAAAGCACGAUGCCAUUCAAGGAAUUGAGCCACAGUUCGAAAAGCUGGAUCUUGAGGAAAAUCGAUCGGAAACAUCGACGGAAAAUACUGUUGAUACAUUUGCUACUAAUUAUAGCAAUUGUUCAAAUGUAUCAUUUAGCAGAUUCCUGAGUCAUUUUCAGUCCAAUUCCUUAUUACAUAAAGAAAUGUUAGCUGUGUUGUCUGCUGUAACAGAAAUCAUAAAACAGCAUGGAGGAAGCGAAUCGUCUGUAGAAUAUUUCGCUGCAUUGAUGAGUACUUUAGAAGCAAUUGAGGAUGAUACGUCAAUCGCAGCUACCUUGUCUUUGUUAGGGAUGGGUCUGAAAACUGUGCCAAAGAAUAUUUUAAACGCACAAUUUGGGGCAGCGAGUAAAAUCUUCUUAGAUAUCCUUGCGAAAUAUGCGACGUCGGAGGACUACUUAAUACUUAGACACUGCAUUCAUUGUUUAUCCCUGCUGCUCCGAGCACAAGAGCUAGCAGCGUGGUCAAACGCAUCUACGAUGCAAGUAUUGGAUGCUGUCCUGUCGUUCAUUACACAUAGUAAACCGAGAGUCAGGAAAUCAGCUCAGCAUGGAAUAUGUGCUAUAUUAAAGGGGAGUGACAUAAUGAAAGCUGAAAGUCAUCCGCAAUAUCAUCCAACAUCGCCUCACAUUGGCAAAUAUUGUAUCACUCAGUUGCAGCUUAGUUCCGAACCCGGCGGCGUCACGAGUAUUCUUCAUGUUCUUACAUUACUUAAAGACAUUCUUCAUCAUUUACCAAAAGCACACGUAAAAACGAUUAGUGAAUGCUUAUUGAAAUUAAUGACGUUGAAGAAUGUGCUGAUAACGUCCUGUUGCCUGCAAACGUUUCAUGGUCUAUUCGUAUCUCGACCAUCGGAGAAUGUUCUACCGGGGCAAAGGAACGCGCAAAUUAUUACGGCUCUUUAUGAUUACCAGCCUCCAGCGACCGACACCCAACCAACCUUAGCAUGGUUGGCUGUUAUGCAGGAAGCGCAUUUAAAUCUAGCCCAAAUUUCAUUAAACUUGUGCGCAGCUAUUCUACCCAAAAUGUUCGAUAAAUGUAUGGAAUUGUGGCUAUCAGACAGGUCCGACGUCAUAUCUGGUACGUCGCAUACGAUAAAGAUAUUGUUACAAGAUUGUAUUGGGAAAAUGUGCGAAGACGAGUCAAUAACGAAGUAUAAGACCACCAUCGAUCAGACUACUUGUACCAUGCACAAAGCAUUGAGCUAUCAGUAUUUGGAAGCAUGGUACCACAUUCUUCAUUUGAUAGCUGUACUGUUUCAAGUAACCGGAAAAUCAAAGAGUCCACAUUUGGUAAACAUACUGAGAACUCUAGCAGAUUUACGCGAUUCCUACAACUUCGCGUCGAAGAACGACGCUGAAUACGCCAUCGGAGCUGCUAUUCGAGUCUUGGGACCGGAGGAAGUGCUAAAUAUAAUUCCACUUAAAAUAUCAGAAGACAUGAUCAAUCUAAAGAGAACAUGGUUACUACCGUUGCUAAAAGACUGUGUUGUAAAAGGAUCACUUACCUUUUUCUCAGAAACUUUAUUACCCAUAGCUGAGCUGUGCGAAAAAAAAUCGAAGGAGCCCAUAGGAGGAAAAACUUACGAAUUUCUCGUUUCACAAAUCUGGGCUGUUUUACCAAGCAUAUGUACUAAUGCGACUGACGUAAAAGAUAACUUCAAGAAUAUUGCUAGAUUAUUGGGUACGUCUUUCAGCGAGAAAAAAUCUCUGCGUCCAUCAAUAAUGGCUGCAUUACGAAGAUUAAUAGUGAAAGCGGUCGACGAAAAUAAACUAGAGGAUACGUUCGAGUUAGCCAGAUUUGCUAAGAAUUUUCUACCACUUUUCCUGAAUUUGUAUACCACAAGGCCAAUCGGAACUGACGAAGAGGGACAGCGUCUAGCCGCAUUCGAGACAAUUAAGGUGUACCUUACAAUUACGAGCAAGGAUCUCGUACACGAACUGUUUGAUCGUGCGAUCUGCAGGCUAAACGAACCUAAUGCUGACGAAUUUUUCAAGGAAAGCGUACACGAUAUAAUCAGACUGUUAAUCGAGUAUACCGACGUCGACAGAUUAAAGACGUUCUAUGAUAUGUGCAUAUUAUCCCUCAAAGACAGUUCUAAAAUCAAAGAGCAAAAGAAAGCAUAUAGAUUUUUAGAAGAAAUAUGUGGCAGUGAAAAGGAUGUUUGCAAAUCGUUCAUAGUGGUACAUAGACGUGAAAUACAAAAAUUGUUAAUAUCAUCAGCCACUGAAGUCGCGAAACCCAGCAGAGGACCACGAUUAAGGUGUUUAAUUAAUCUAAUCAAAUCUCACCCACAACUUGAAAAAAUGAAAUUCUUGGAAGCUAUCGUUCCCGAAGUCGUGAUCUAUAUAAAAGAUAUAAAUUCGAAAUGUCGAGCGUCUGCGUAUCAGUUACUAAAUACAAUAGCUGAAAGGUUUUUGGAAAAUCCGGAGCAACUGAAAGAAUAUGUCAACAUGCUAAUAAUCGGCUUAGCUGGCGCACAGAAAUAUUGUACUGCUUCUAUGCUGGCACUUGCCUCUGUUACUUAUCACUAUAACGGAUCUCUCGGUGUGGAAAAAAUCAAAGAAAUUUUUGAACACGCAUGUAAACUCGUCGCCAGUCCCACAAGAGAGAUCGCAGAAGCUGCACUUUCUUAUGCUAAAGUUUAUAUCACUGUGAUGCCUUCUCCUAUCGUUGCCUCGACUUUAACGAAGUUGAUAGACUCCUUAAGUACAAUGGACGGGGAUUGCCAUAGGCAUUUUAGACAGAAAAUAAGAGAUAUUUUAGCCAAAUUGUUAAGGAAAUAUGGAAUGGAAACGAUCUCAGCUAUGGUCCCAGGCUCGAACACGGUGUUGCACAAAAGGUUGAAAAAUAUAAGUAAACUAGAAGAGGCAAAGAAGAAAAAGAGAGAAUUGAGAAGAUCCAAGGAGCAAGAAAGUGAUGAGGAUAGUGAAUUCAACGCGAAGAGAAGACCUAAGACUAUAGAGGAGAUAUUAGCAGACAGUGAAGAUGAAUUUGAAGACACGGACAACGAAUCACAGAGAAAAAACAAGAAAAGGACAUCGCGAAAGGAAGCAUGGAUACAAGAGAACGAAGAAAUUGUUGAUCUCAUCGAUCCUGCGGCUGCUAGAAAUAUAACAACGACACACCCUGGAUCCUUAAAUACAAAAGCUGGAGUCCCGAAACCAAAGGAUCGUGGGUUCAAAACUGCACCAGAUGGACGUCUUAUUAUUCUAGACGAUAAUGAUAUAGAUGACGAAACGGAAGUUAAAAAGAAAAAGAAAUCCCCACUUUUAUUGCACAGUGACUCAGAAGAUGACUAUGAAGACAUCGAUGAUAAUGCGACUGUCGCCACAAUGCAUUCGACACAAAACAAACGCAAGCGUAAUGAUACUGUUGAUAACGUUAGCUUAAGAAGUGAAUCCACAUCAAGAUAUCAAGCUGGAGGAUCAGGAAUUCAUCGACCAUUGAAGAAAGGAAAAAUAGUACACACGCCAGGAUCAGAAUUUAAAGCACCGAAAGCUGGCGGUGAUGUUAAGAAGAAGGGUAAGCCAGAUCCGUACGCGUACGUACCUCUAUCACGAGCGGCGCUGAAUAAAAGGAAGAAAAAGAAAAAUGCGAGCAAAUUUCAAGGAAUCAUCAAAGGAGCCAAGAAGGGUGCGAGAAUCGGAAUGAAAAAUAAGAACAACUAUAUAUAGAAGAAAAUAUACUUGAGGAGUAUAAAACUGAUAAUAUUGAUAAUAAGUAAAAAAGUUGUUAUGCCUUUACAAGUACACAGUACUUGCAGUUUUCCAAUGGAUAAUGUAUAAAAUAUGCCAAAUAGAUUAGAAUAAAUUAUUUUGCAAUAGCGGAAUAAA